CAUAUUUAUUGUUUUGAUUAUUUUUAGAUAUAAUUAUUUCUAAAUAUUAUAUAUUAUAAGAAGAAAAUAUGCGACAAAAAAAAAUAAUAGAAGAAAGAGAACCGAGAAGAAAUCAUUCUAGGAUUAAACGUUUCAUGCAUCUUGGCUCCGAUUUAGCUUGGCUCCGUACCACCUACAGACUCCUCUCUUGAGCGUCAUUGUUAUCGUCAUCAUCAUCAUCGUCAUCGUUAUCGUCAUCAUCAUCAUCAUCAUCAUCAUCAUCAUCAUCAUCAUCAUCAUCAUUAUUAUCAUCGGCUGUGGCCAGUAAUCGCUCAGCGUAAUCGCUCAGCGCCGUUUUCAUGCGCGGCCCUUUCAGUCUCGUCGUGUCUCUUCGUUUCUCUCACGGCGAUCUACCGACGUGACUCUCUCACUCUUUCUCUCUCUCUCUCUCUCUUUCUUUCUCUCUCUCUCUCUCUCUCUCUUUCUCUGUUUCUCUCUCUGUCUCUCUCUCUAUCUCUGAAUGAAAUAGUUAGAUCUCUCAGUGCCAACUAUCCCUCCGCACCCGUCGGAUUGCGUCUCCCGUUCGCGAAGAUCGUAUCUAUCUCGUAAGAAAUCAAAUUGAUAUCAAUGAAAAAAGCCGCGAAGAAAGUUUGAUUUUUAACAUUAACGUAACGUCAAAGUUACAUAUAUAGCUUUACAUUACAUAUAUAUAUAUAUAUACACACAUUUACCGCUAAAAGAGUUUCCUCUUCAAAUUUAAUCUUUAUUUUAAGUAUGUAAACGUUUAUAAAUGUUUAUCAAUGAUAAAAAAAAAGAAAACACAAUAUCAUCUAAUGCAAAUUUAAUUGAUCUAUUUAUGAAAGACUUGAAAGUGUCGUGUGUGUGACGACGUAGGUCGAUGCGACGUUAAAAUGUGGGAAGCUCGAGUGCGUUCCUCGUUGCGGAUAAAGAAAAAGUGUGUUCGGAGUGAAUCGGCUUGUAGCUGACUAUAACUUAAAUUUAUUGGUUCCAACGAGGAGCCAAAUCGAAGAGAUAGCGUCCCUCAACAGCGAAUUACGUAAUUUACGUUUUGUUUGUGUCCUGGAAAAUUAUAUAUAUAUAUAUAUCUGUAUAUAUAGACCUAUAUGUAACACGAACGUGUAUCACACGUUCAGAGAAAGAAAGAGAGAGAGAAAGAGAGAUAGAUAGAUAGAGAGAGAGAGAGAGAGAGAGAGAGAGAGCCUUAUCAUUCUUUGAAAGAAGAAGAAUGGCUAUAUAUUCGUGGGUACGAGUAAGACGAGGCCCUCAGUAGGAAGAUGAUAGAGGGCCAGGUACAUCAACUUCCGGUGAGGCUACCGCCCGACAAAACGCAGCCUGUUCAAACAACCCAGCCGAACACCGCCAAGUUCGAAAAUGAGCAAUGUAAGGAGCCUCUGCUUCCGGAAAAGCAUAAUUCCCACAGGAUGACACCAACCGAUGGCCGAUCACGCACAACUUCAGAAUCGAAUGCCACAGUUGGCACCAACACAAACACCACCAUUCCCAACAACAAUAACAACAACAGCAGUAAUGGGAGCGGGAAUGGUAAUAGUAACGGCCCUAACGUGACCAAUUCGGUCACGGCCAAUUCCACCGGCCAUGAGGAGUGUAUGGAAGUGACGAUCUUCGAUGAGAAUUAUGAUAACAACCGUCUUCCUGAUGUCGUCGCUGAAAGUAAAAUCUACGGAGUGUUGGACGAGGAGGAGCCAACGGAAUCGUACUGUGCCAUAACUAUUCAAGUUUUCAUACCAUUCCUGAUAGCUGGCCUUGGCAUGGUUGGAGCUGGACUGGUCCUCGAUUUGGUCCAACACUGGGUUGUGUUUGAUAAAGUGAACGAACUGAUGAUACUGGUGCCAGCACUUUUAGGUCUUAAAGGUAAUCUAGAAAUGACUUUGGCGUCUCGUCUCUCUACACAAGCGAAUCUUGGACACAUGGAUACGCCUAAACAACAGUGGUACAUGAUCGUUGGGAAUCUCGUUUUGAUACAAUGUCAAGCUAUAGUCGUUGGUUUUCUGGGCUCAGUCGUGGCAAUUGUUAUGGGUGCCUUCCGUAAUGGUACAGUUUCUUUGGAUCAUGCAUAUCUCUUAUGUGCUAGCAGCUUAGUAACAGCAUCCUUGGCUUCCUUCGUUCUCGGUUUGAUAACCGCUGGCGUCAUAGUCUUCUCACGUCACUGUCACAUCAAUCCUGACAAUGUAGCAACACCGAUAGCUGCUAGUCUUGGUGACAUCACGUCUUUAGCCCUUCUCUCAUGGAUAUCAACGAUCCUUUACGAAUCGAUCGAUAAACAGGAUUGGCUGGCACCACUCGUUAUUGCAUGCUACGUUCUUGUAACACCACUUUGGGUUUGGAUUGCCAAGAGAAAUAAAUAUACCAAUGAUGUGCUCUAUUCUGGAUGGACACCUGUCAUGGUUGCCAUGUUGAUCAGCAGUUGCGGUGGUUUGAUUCUUGAAUUCAUGGUAUCACGUUUCGAAAAUCUCACGGUUUUUCAACCUGUUAUCAAUGGAGUUGGUGGAAAUCUUGUUGCUGUACAAGCUAGUAGAAUAUCAACGGCUCUUCAUAAGCAAGCUGAACUUGGAACGCUUUUGAUACCACCUGGUCAAACUCAUCCUGUCAUUUUCAUUACACCAAUAGCUAAUUUCUUUGGCAAAGGUAUACAUGCAAGAACAACAAGAGUAUUGAUGUCUAUGGUGAUACCCGGUCACAUAAUUUUCAUUUAUCUAAUUAAUUAUAUGAAGGACGGUAAUACAUCGUUAACGCCUCUAUUCGUUUUCGUAUAUCUUUGCGCUGCUGUAUUACAAGUGGCUGCACUUUUGUAUAUCGCCUAUAUAAUGAUCCAUUGGAUGUGGAAAAGAAAAAUAGAUCCUGAUAAUUCGGCAAUACCUUAUUUAACUGCUAUGGGUGAUCUACUUGGCAUCAGUUUACUUGCGAUCGCCUUUCAAUUUUUAUAUCUCGUUGGUGAUCAGGAUUACGAUGAUCAGAUGAAGCCCUGAACGUGUGAAAAAAAAGGCAAAUUCAUCGGUCCAACAAUGGCGUAUAAAUAAUAAUAAUAAUAAUAAUAAUAAUAAUAAUAAUAAUAAUAAUAAUAAUAAUAAUAAAAAUAAUAAUAAUAAUGAUAAUAAUAACAAUAAUGAUAAUCAUAAUACAUAAAUAAAUAAAUAUAAAACGCUCUCGCGAAGAGUACGCUGAUAAACGUGAAAGGAAGGCAUUUCAAAGUGGCUGUGGUCGUAUGAAAGUAUACCAUACUGAAUCAAUUAUUAUCGAUCUGCCAUUUCGUCGAAAGGCCUAUAAGAAAAGGACGAGCUGUUUAAUAUUUCUCUCGGUGCUCUUUAACUUUAUUUCUAAUACAGAUAAGGUGAAGCAAAGAGAGGCAACGCUUGAGAUAUUCACAUAUUCGACCGUUGUAAAAGCUUCUUCGUUGAUCCUUUGAAGAAAAUUUCAAAGGGAAAUUGGGAUUGUUAUUAAAAGAUACGAAGAUUAUAAGAAGAAGGAAAAAAAAAAUGCCUUAAUGAUCGAUCGAUCGAGAUUUCAUGCGAAUUAACGAACAAAUGUUAUAAUUACGUUUCGAUGCACUUUGCUUCGAGCUACUAAAUUAGAUGACUUUUUAGAAUCUUUUUUGCAAUAACGAACGGAUUUAGAGACCUAAUCGCGGAACGAAUAAUAAAAAAAAAAAAAAAAGAAAAAGCAAAAAAAAGAAAGAAGAAAGAAAAUAAAGAAAAAGAAAAAAGAAAAGAAAAGAAAUCAAUCGCUAGCUGAUAAAUUUUCAUCUGUAUGUACAUAAUUUAUCAUCAGUUCAGACAAUAUUUUUAUUUUCCCUUUAUGCUCUGUAAGGAUAUUCGUUAAUUCGUCGAAGUUCAUUCUUAAAUUCGUUUUCUUUCAUCUUCCGCGACGAGACAAUUGUCAUUACCAAAGAAAGAAAGAUAGAAAAGUAGAAUGACAAAAAAAAAAAAACAAAAACAAAAAAAAACAAAAAAUAAGAAAACAAAAAAGAUUCCAACGCGUAUGUGUCUUCGACUAGUUGCCUUCGUAUACGAUGAGAGAUUAGCUAGUUGUUGUUAAUUGUAGCUGCCCAGGUGACCUACUAUUUUUGGAAGCUUUAAACAAGCUCACGAGUCAAAAACACGAAUCCAUUCUAAUAAUCUAUAAAUAGAUUAACACAAAAAUAGCAUGUUCCGAUUAUUUUCAAUUAGACAAAAAAACAUAAGAGAAAAAGAAAGAGAGAGAGAGAGAGAGAGAGAGAGAGAGAAGAAAAAAAUAAAAAAAAAAGAUUUAUCAUCAUCAUCGUGCUUUCUAAUCACAAAAGAGAUAGAUAUCUUUAACGUUAUCUUCAUAAUUAGAAGGUAAACUUAGAGUGAUUUAGAGAGAGUAUACCUUCAGGAUCAUACGUAAUUAUAUACUAUAGUACACAGAGAGUAAUAAAAAUUUGCGACGAAGAGGAGAGGAGAAUGAAAAGGAGGAAGGAUCGUCGUGUAAGCACGAUUUUAUUUUUGAAACUUCUCUUAACGAUUAAAAUAUACUUAUAUUUCGAAAUAUAGAUAUCAUAAAUCUAAUCGUUUAGAUGAGAGAAUUCAAAGAUUUAGAUCAGUUCGUUUAACAUACGACAUCUAACAUAUUGAUCGUUUUAGAAAGAUCGGUGUCGCGGUCUUAGAGGGAGAGAAUUAAGUAUUUUGAAAUUCAGACAAGGAUGAACCUUUGCCUGUUUUAUUAGAUCGAUCUUUUAAAAUAUAAAAAGAGAAAGAGAAGGGGAGGAUAUAAGAAAGAGAGUGAGAGAGAGAGAGAGAGAGAGAGAGAGAGAGACAGAAAUAUGGAAAGAAAAAAGAAAAAAAGAAAAGAAAAGAAAAGAAACUAGUAAAACUAGUGUAUCUCACUGUUGUUUAUAAAUUAAUUUUUUCUAUUCUAAUUCAUAAGUUCUCAUGAUGAACGCAACUCGCUCCGAUCGUUUUUACCAUUUUAAAAAGAUUUCCUCAUGUCGGAUCGAUUAAACAACGUUAGAAUUAGAAUUCACACUCAGCGAUAUUAACAUAAGCGCAACGUCUUGUACAGUGUAUGCUAUAUAUAGUAAUGAGUAUUUUGUAAAGAAAAAAGAGCUGUAUUAGAAACACGUGUACGUGAUGUGUAUAUAUAUAUAUGUGUGUAUGUGUAUAUAUAUAUAUAUAUAUGUAUAUAUAUAUAUACACACUCACGCAUAUAAGUAUUAGUAUGAUUAGAGAGGAAAAAUGAAAAAAAAAAAACAAAAAAGAAAAAAAACAAAAAGAAAAAAAAGCAAAAACGAAGGCAAACGUUCACUUAUCUUCGAAUUAAUAUCGAUAACAUUCGUACGUAGAAGAUAUCGUAACUACGAGAUUAGAAAUUUUCCCUUUAUCGUAAUAAAAUUUCUAAGCGUUAAUGGGUGAAGCAAUGCUUGUCAAAGCUAUUAUAUCAGAUUGUUUUAAAAUUCGCACUAUGUUUCACUCUAGAACAUUACGUACGAAUGAUAUAAUAUAUAUAUAUAUAUAUAUAUAUAUAUAUAUAUAUAUAUAUAUAUAUAUAUAAAUGGAUAAGACUAAUAUUUAGUCUUUCUGAAUAUGUAAUAAAAACUCUAAUCAAAUCACAGUUCGUGCUUAGUGCCAGAUCAUUCAGUAUUAUUCUUUAAUGCUAUUAUCAAUGAUUUUGAUGAAUAAUUUUUCAAGAUUCAUCUCGUGUCGUAUCUCAUUGGGAUAAAGAGAGAAAGAGAGAGAAAGGGAGGGAUUGUAAUUUUUUAAAAAUAAUUACUUUCCAGGAGAGAAAAAUAGAUAUAUGAUUCUAAAUUGACGACACGAAUUUAGAAAAAUUGUUUGAAAAUUAUUAGAAACAGAAAACAAAAAAAAGAAAAAAAAGGACAAAAGAAAAAAGAAAACAAAAAGAAAAUAUCAAAGAAUAUUAUCAACGGUGUAUUAUAAUGUAGAAUUAUAUAGUGAGAUUAUAGAAGAGGAGCAAAGAAGAAGCACAAUUAAAUAUAAAAAAAAAAAAAAAAAAAAA